AACACACAUGGUACAUACACAGAAGGACUACCAGUGGAGCAGAACGUCUGGAUGACCCUUGCCGUCUCACACAGUAACUCCAGACAGUUCGCCUAGCUAGCCUUUGUCCACCCUUUCCCCCUCUCUCUCUGUCUGUGUGGGCAGCAGGUGAGUGAAUCCCUCGGUCUGUCUCGCUCCCUCCUUUCCCUCUCUCUCUGUCUGUGUGGGCAGCAGGUGAGCGAAUCCCUCGUUCUGUCUCGCUCCCUUCUUUCUCUCGCUCUCAAUCUGGCCAUGUGGGAGUAGAACAGAUAAGAGGUCUCAACGGGUUGCAACUGUUCUUAAAAAUCGCUCUCUCGCCACCUGAGCUACUAUCUCCAUGCCUGAUGAAUGUAAAUAUAGCAGAGCAAGAUGCCAAGGAGUGUGUUGACGCCACACAUACACCUUAUUGUGCCACCCCUGACCUGGAGAAGAAGAAGAGCGAGUGACUACACACAAUCCUCUGGAACCCACAUGCAGUGACAUCACUUCGUGCGGAGUGGCGUGAGUCAGCGUAUGACGUACGACAGAAGGUCUCUGUGAGUGUGUGUGUUUUAAGCAAAUCAGCCUGGGACCUGGGAAUGGAUUGGAGGAUGCUGAAACGGCAUAACCCUUCGUCUGCUGGCUGUCGGCCUGAGUGUCAGCUGUUAUAAACGGAUCAACUGAAACACUGAUAAACCGCUGGAGGACCGUUGGCUUGUUGUGAUUUAAACCCAAACGUGACCAGGAAGUGUCGCCCUGCCCUGUUACACCCCAGAGGAAUACCUCUGUCUUUACCGGUGUGUGUGUGUGUGUGUUGGAGAGCAGGAGCGGUGAUUUUCCAGAUCGCUGGAUUGCCUAAUUGUCACUUUGGAUUUGGGAAGCGCGCCCUGGAUUUUGAAACACAAAGGAUGAGAGUAAGGGAGGAGUUUAUCUUGUUUGGUUCAAUGAUAGAAGAAUGAAAUGGAGCAAAUUUGUUGAGAUAUGAUUGGGAAGUGGGACUGUGGAACUACUGGAGAAGAAGACAGCAGGACUAAACUGUCAUGUCAAAUGACAUUUUACUGUCACAUAUAGGGAAAUUGACUUUGAAUUGGAUUGUUCCUUCUACAGCUCCACUUUGGAUGUGGGACUUUUGAUUCAGUCUCUAUUUUUGGUUCUUUUCAAAGUAUUUUUUUUGUCUCCCAGAGUGAGGAUGAGGAGGGACAGGAGUUCUGGGUCUUUCCGUAAGGAUCGCAAGGAGAAGCCCGGGGGUCUCUCCAGAGCUCUUAGCUGGCUGAGUGUAUCCUCUCUAUCUAGACAGACCCGACGCAUCUUCCGCAGCCAGUCAGAGCUGCACACACACUUCCACACACAUUCCCGCUCACACACACACCUGCACCCAGGGGAGGCAGAAGAUGAAGAAGACUGGGUGUAUGAGCCGCAGCAUCGCACAAGAACAGCGGUGUCUAACCUGGAUGAGGAGAGCAAGUGGACAGUUCACUACACAGCCCCGUGGCACCAGCAGGAGAACGUGUUCCUGCCCGGCAGCAGACCGCCCUGCGUAGAGGACCUCCACCACCAGGCCAAGGUCAACCUCAAGACCGCACUGAGGGAGUGUGACAAGUUAAGGAAGGAUGGUUUCCGUAGCUCCCAGUACUACUCUCAGGGCCCCACCUUCUCUGGCAGGGCAGAGUCCCACAGCAGCCUGCAGGAUGAUGAGGACGACACAGACAAGAAGUCCAUGGCCUCGUCAGCGGAGGAUGACAAGUCCCUGCACCCCAUGAGGCCCCAGACCCCCCAGGAAGAGGAGGGGAUAGAUGAGUGUGACGGACAGGUGCGCUGCUACAAGGCCCCGCCCCUCCCCACCCCUGAGGAGAAGAUGAGGAUGCAGGCUCAGGCCGUGCCCACUGACGUCAUCCCUAUCAACGUCACAGGGGCAACGUUUGACCGGCAGGCCAGCAUCCGCCGCUCCCUCAUUAAUACUGACACAGUCUCCCGCCGGCCCAAGAAGGUCAAACGCAGAAAGACUAUAUCAGGGCUGCCUGACAACAUCUGCACCGAACUAGUGGCGAAAGGACGUGGGGGCGAGCUCCGGCCACAUUCCAUGUUCAUCCCGGGACAGUAUUCCACAUUGGGAAGAGUCGGGAGCGUCAACUCAUCGCUCAGACAUUCCGAGACAAGGGACUCUGGUUGCCAGACUGAGGAGGUGAAGAUCGUUCCACCGUCCAUGCGGAGAAUCCGGGCUCAACGGGGACAGGGAAUCGCAGCCCAGAUGGCCGGAAUUUCCACUUCCUCGUCUACAGGAAGCAUCUCCGUCUCCAGUAGCGACGGCUGUUCCGGAAUGCUGGUCCUACCCUCGCAUCUGAAUGUAGAUGCCCAGCGCUUCCAUAGUCUUCCCAGACCCGGGCCAAGGGUGUCUCUCAGCGCUGAGCCCAUCUACAGCAGCACCCCCAUCAGGCUGGAAGACCACAAUGCACCUCAGAGGCAGAUCGGCAAACUGCAGGUGGACAACACCGUGGUGCAUCUGAGAAACGCCCCCAGGACAGGUAAUCUGAGGCCCAAGUCUCAGGAGGUGCGAGGGUCCCAGACAGGGGACUGGGGUGGUGGUCCGGCAUGUGUGGUGUCCCCCCACGCUGCCUACUCCACAUCCCUCAUCCCCAACGCCACCAUGUCCUGCUCUGCCGAGGUUGUGACCCUCCAUACAUCCUCCAGCCAGCACCCCCAGACCCCCGGGAUGGCCUACCCCAUCUCCAGGCCUCUCAGUCUGGCCACCGGCACCAGCAUGGACCCCCUGAGCUCCACCUCCUUCACCCACAGGACCACCUGCCCUGCCCGGGCCACCUCCACACCAACACAUACACAUCCCCAAGACGGAGGGUUGACUGCCCCGGCAACACCCAGCGAAUCGGGCUGCUCGGAUGGCAGCCUGCACAGCCACACAAGCACCAUCGCCGCGACGACUCCGUCCUCGGCCGACGACCAGUGGUCAAUCUAUGACACACCGGAGAACGUGGUCCUGCCCCGGCGUCCUCUGACCUCUAGCUGCUCUACUCCCAUCAACCAUCUGAACAGCAGCAUGGAGCUGUCGUCCCGCACCGACUCCAGCUCCCUGUACUCCCAGGACAACGAUGGCUACUACACCUCCAUGCACCUGGACUCUGGCCUGCGCUCCAGGAGCCAUGGUAGCGGGCAGGGCCACGGGGUGGUAGCCAGCCGGACUGCCAGACACAGCAUGUACGAGUGCCGUGAGCUACCUAGCCACGAGGAAGAUUCUAACAGUCUUUACAGCGAUCGCUCACUGUCCCGCAGCAUCUCUCUCCGCAAGGCCAAGAAGCCGCCGCUGCCCCCAGCCCGGACUGACUCCCUCCGCCGCAAGCCUGGCGCGAAGAAGCCCCUGGGUGGAGUUAGUGCAGUUAGCAUGAGUGCUAAUGGAUCAGUGCUGAACGAGACACUGAUCGCUAGCCUGCAGCAGAGCCUCCAGAUGGGGUUGAGAGAUCGAAAGGGGAAGGGCGUGUCCCCCUCCUCGCCCUCCCACAGCCCGUGCAGCGACUACGAGGACCCCUGGUUGCUGCGACCACGGAGCCAGAGCAGUGUGAGCGCCACCAGCUCCGCCACGUCGCUAGCGGCUAACAACACUAACAGUGGCGUAGUGGCUAAUGUGUACUCGCUCUGUCAUGUGACGCCAGCUCACAGCGACACCAGCAGCCUGCGGUCCGACUAUGCAGAGUCCUGGGGCUACUACAUGGAUUACCCCCGUAACCAUGGAGACCAGGGUCCGCAGUCCCCCUCCACGCACCAACAACUCCCUGCUGCUAACAUUGUAGCGGGCACACACCCGAGGGGUCUGUCGAAUGGAAGUGGGGGUCUCCACAAUCACAUCAAUAUCCAGGCCUCGGUCCCUCCAGCCCAGGAGGGAGGUGUGGCAGUCAAGCCUAAGACGGCCACCUCGUCCCCGGACAGGAUCCAUAGACUGACCUCCCCCUCCAGCGGCUACUCCAGCCAGUCCAACACCCCCACGGCCGGCACCCCCGUGCCCUCCUUCAUGCGGUCCCACUCCCCCUCAGGACGGCCCAAGCCCAAAGUGCCGGAGAGGAAGUCUUCACUCCUGUCAUCUGUUUCCAUCUCCUCCUCCUCCACCUCCCUCUCCUCAAACGCCUCUGACUCUCUCAGGAAUUCUGGCCCUCCUCCUCCUCCCCCUCCUCCCCUGCCUCCCACCUCAGCACCCAUCAGCCCCCCACCUCCUUUCCCUGCUCCUCUCCCCCCAUCCAACCCCAGCUCUCCCCCUCUGCCCCUCGCACCCCUGUUACCCACAACCCCUCAGGGCACCCCCAUGAGCCCGCCCCCUUACUCCACCUCUCCAGACUUCCCUCCCCCUCCUCCUCCAGAUUCCCUCAUCCACCCCAGCCUCUCCUUCAACGGGACCCUCAGUCCUCCUCCCCCUCCAUUCCCCUCCAUGGUCCCAUCUCCUCCACCACCUCCCCCCCUGCCUGCCCCUGCUCCACCCACAGCCUCCCCUCUCACCUUGAAGGCAGCAAAGAACGCUCUAAAACCAGCUACGGUCACUAACAGCCCAGCAGCCAAGGAGGCCGGCAAGUCCCCCAUGCCCCUGAUCACCCCAUUCGCCCUGCAGAGUGUGCACCUCCGCUCAGUCAAGCAGCCAGAGGAGAAAGUCAACGGCAAGGCGGAACAUACCAAAGCUCAGGAAUCGGGGGGCAACCAGGCCUGGGCCCUCAAGCCCCAUACGCCGGAGAAGAUUAAGCAGCAGGAGCAUCCCACCAUGCUGCCCCUGAUAAAUUGCACCAGUCCAGAGGAAAUCACCAAGGCCUCAUCUGCUGUGAAGAAGCUCUUCGCUGAACUAUGCUCAGACUACAGUGAUUCUGAGGUGCUGCCAGGGGGCGCCAUCACCAACGCUAAACCUAAGGUACAGAGCCUAUCCAACAGCUCAGCCCAACCAGAUCAGGAGGGGGAACCGUCACCCCUCCCAAGCCUCGUGGAGGAGGCAAUCAAAAGCUCCCCAGUCAAACAGAAACCCUCAGUGGCCUCCAAGAAGCCCAAACUAUCCCUCGUCACCCCCCAGUCUGUGGUGGGAGAGGAGACCGCCCAGACUACCACCACACUGAGCCCCCAGGAUGAGUCAACCACCACAGAAGAAGACCAGGUGGACGCUAAAGUGAGAGAGGAAGAGACGAAAGAGAAGGAAAAUGAGGAGCAGGAUGAAGAUGAGGCUUCAGAGAGUUCCUCAGCCCUGACAGAGAGGAGUGAACCUUCCACCUCCACGGUGAUCCAGGAGGAGACCCAGCCUCCGGCCACCGUCACGCAGGAGACAAGCCUCGCUGAGGGGCAGGAGCCGAACAACAGAGAUGCUGAGGAGGAAGAUGAGGAAGAAGAUGAGGAAGAUGGGACCAGUAGUACCACUGGGUCAGUCAGCUCUAAGGACGACGAGAGUGGUGAGGUGUUUGAUUCAAGCAGCACUCCUGAGUCUUCACCGGCCCCCAGGAUCCACAGGCGGGGGGAUAUGGUGACCCCCACACGCCCCCGAACUACCGAGGACCUCUUCGCUGCCAUCCACAGGUCCAAGCGGAAGGUCCUGGGUCGUAAGGAGUCUGAGGAGGACAAGCCGCAGGGCCACUCCCCCUGUCCGUCUCCCCCCGUCACCCCCACGGGCGCCUCCCCCAGCCUAGUAUCCUCGCUGUCCAUGGGCAGGCAGACAGGCUCCAUUCAGCGCAACCUGCGUAAGUCUGCUACCAGCAGCGACACCUUCAAGGCUCUGCUCCUGAAGAAGGGAAGCCGCUCCGAGACCAGCUUCCGAAUGUCGGCCGCCGACAUGCUGCGUUGCACAGACCCGCGCUUCCAGAGGACGCGCUCCGAGUCCUCCCUGGACCCGCCCUCCUCACCAUCAUCGCCGACAACACCACACAGCCCUUGCGCUUCCCCAGGUCGCAGCAAGAGGGCGCCAGAGGAGUGGGCCCGCAACGAGGGCCUGUCCUACUCCUCCCCAUCAUCAUCACUGAGCGGCAUGAAGUACGGGCGAUCACGCACGCCGCCCUCUGCUGCCAGCAGCAAGUACAACGCCCGCAACCGCAUUCUGAGCAGCCCUAUGACGGUCAUCUGCGAGCGUGAGGGAGAGUUAGCUGAGAGCGCAGAGUGCGGAGACGUCCCUGACAGCCAGCCCUGCCCCUUGCCCCUCCCCCCGCUCCAGGGUUCCAACGGCACUUUAUCUGAGGAGAGCAGUAGUUAGAUAGAAGGGACCGCCCCCUGGAUACAGGGACUUGAACUCACUCAUGGUCACCGGGGAGGGUUGGGCCCAAUGAUGGGCCCUCCAGAGACUCAUGUGCCCCCUGAGCCCCACCCCUGGCUCCAGAUCCUGUAGAUUUUGGACCUGGUUCUGAGGAAACGGACCUGACUGGCCCUCAGACGGACCGGACAGUUCUUAGUCUGAAGUGGAGACCGACUCAGCUGCAGCUUUUCAAGACUAAUUUUCCUGCAUUUCAUUUUGAUAACCCAUUGUUUGUGUUACAAAAAAAGUAAUCAUUAUCGUUUUUUUUCCCCAAAGACUGAUUUUUCCGUUUUGUUUGUUUGGUCGUUUUAAUUAAAAAAAUAUUCCUGUUAGAGCUUCAGAGGUGCUGAUUGUAUUCAGGGUUGGUUCCUUUAGUUUUUAGGUUUCUCUAAGGUUAAGGGAAAAGCUAAGGUGAUAUGAAGGUAUUGAAAAGUGACAAGUUGUUUUUAUUUUGGCUGCAGUGGUGCCAUUAGUUAGUCAGGCAUUGGAAUGUGGAACUUGAAGGUGGCUUAAAUGCAGUGUAUUUCUGCUCUGCUUGCUGUUCAUCUCCUGUUAUCUUGAGUCUUAACAUACCAUUGCUUGUGAGUAUGUAUGGUAAAACAAUAUAGAACAUGUGGCAAACAGUAACAGAACGGUACACCAAAUGGUUCCGGGACACAGCUCCAGUUUUCUUUCUGCUCUUUGAAGUCUGUGGUUUGCAGGGGCUGGAACUUUCAGUGGUAAAGGGGAAGUGCAGAGGGCUCGUGACUGCCCCAUAGGGACAGGCAGGUGCAGAGACACACAUGGACAAUGGCUAGGUCUAUUCUACACAAUACACACAGCCAAUAGGAUGGAUUUAAUAUGGAGGUUUGGAAAACCUUGGAUUUUUGGAAUUUUAGUUUGUAGAUUUGCACUGUCCAUAUGUGUUUUCUUUUUCUUUGUUUGUGUCAUUUUAAAACCAUGUGUUUAGAAUUGUUUUAUCAUUAAGCCUGUGUUUAGGUAUCCUCCUUUUCCUUCACGUUUGGAAAUUAAGAAUUCAUCUUAAAAAAAAAAAAGUUGAAUGGAAAAAUAUUAACUGCAAACUGUCAUUUUUAUUUGUGAUCAUUUUGGUUACCAAAGAGCUAAACAAUUAAAUGGAGCCUGCUGUUUAUGCUAAUGUGUAUACAAUCUGAAUCUGUGAUUAGCCGUACUAGACCGGACCUAUUGACCGAGGUCCAGUAUUGUGGAGUUUGAUGACAUGACCUACUAGAACCUUCUAGGGCUUAUGAUUACCAUCACGCAGUUUACAUUUCUACUAGGUUUCUCUCUCAUGCGCAGUUUUAUAUGGUUCUUUUUGUUUAAAAAAAGUUUAAGUAGCAUUACUUGUUUUCAAAGACUUUGUCAUUUUUUUGAGCCCUUGUUGAAAGGGAGUGUUUUUCUUUUGUAGACUAUUUAUUUUAAAAUAGUGAGGUUGUGACGUGGUACUCCAACACCCAGCCAACCAGCAGUCAGGUACUCCCAACACCCAGCCAACCAGCAGUCAGUACUCCAGCCCCAGACAACCAGCAGUCAGGUGGAGGUGAGGAAAGGUUUGGGGCGGGGAGGGAUCGGGAGGUGAGGAAAGGUUUGGGGCGGGGAGGGAUCGGGAGGUGCAGGAAUAAGUGGAGAGCCUGGACCACAGUUCACGGGCUAGGUUUACAAAGCUAGAGCAAAUAUUGUAACAUUUAUAGUGGUAUUAAAAACCUAAAGAGGUACAACAGUGGUUAACAAAAAUAUUCCACCCUGGUGCAAAAGCUCAGUAAAUCUGACUUGAUGUAUCAUAGGAGGUGACAAGCGUGACUCUUCCUACUCUCAGAGCCUGUAACAACCCAGGUUUAAUCACCUGUGACCAAUGGGUCUCGGAGAGUUCAGACCCAGCCAUGAUUCAGAGCUCGUCUCCCAUCCGGCUCAUGAUGGGAGUUUAUGAAGUCUCAAUCUCAGCUCGCUGAGGAAGAGGGGAAGAAUGAAAUAAAGGUGGAUGUAAAGGAGGCAGGCAGGCUAACCUCUUGUGUAUAUGUCUGUGUAAUAAAACAUGUUGAUAUUUA